CCUCUCUCUCUCUCCCCAGCCAAACGACGCGCGCCCCCCCGCGGCGCCACCACCCACAUACUCACACCCACCCAGGGGGCCACGUCCCACGCCACACCACGCGGACCGCAGCCGCGCUGCUGCUCACAGCCAGCCAAGGCUUCCUCAGCGAGCGGCGAGGGCUCCACGACGCAACCACCACCGCACGUUGAGGUCCCCCUCCGUUGCGUUCCCCUCAUGGUCUCCGCCAGCACGCCGCCGCCGCCGCUGCCGCCGACCGACGCCAGCGCGGCGGGGGAGGACGCCAGCAAGAAGGUGCGGAAGCCGUACACCAUCACCAAGUCGCGCGAGAGCUGGACGGAGCAGGAGCACGACAAGUUCCUCGAGGCCCUGCAGCUGUUUGAUCGUGACUGGAAAAAGAUAGAAGCUUUUGUUGGCUCGAAGACUGUCAUCCAGAUAAGGAGCCAUGCACAGAAGUACUUUCUGAAGGUUCAGAAAAAUGGAACCAGUGAACAUGUCCCACCUCCACGACCAAAGCGCAAAGCUGCUCAUCCGUAUCCACAGAAGGCCUCCAAAAAUGAACCAAACUAUGCACUCAAGACAGAUUCAUCUUCCAUCCAUAUGAACUCAGGUGUGAAUGCAACUGUUUCUUCAUGGGCUAACAAUUUCAUCCCACCAGUUGUCGCCUCAUCUAUGGUGAAAGAUUUAGGUACUGGAACAAUGGGCCCAAACAAUUUGUGCUGUAGCAGUAGUGAAGGCCCUACAAGGGCAUGGCAACCUGGUGAAGCCAAUGAUCAGAUAAAUCAAGUUCCAUCACUCCGCCUUAUGCCGGAUUUUGCACAAGUAUACAGCUUCUUGGGUAGUGUUUUUGAUCCAAGCACAAGUGGUCAUUUGCAGAAACUUAAGGAGAUGAAUCCAAUUGAUGUUGAAACGGUAUUGUUGUUGAUGAGGAAUCUCUCGAUCAAUUUGACAAGUCCUGAUUUUGAAGAUCAAAGAAAGUUGUUGUCCUCAUAUAGCCCUUCUGAUGGACUUGAGCCAGGGAGCUCCAGGAGUUCAGCUUUAGCAAUGAGUGCACCUUUCAUGAUUAAAGGCGAAUAGUGCGGCCAGGUCUCUCAGCAUAUAGUUUCAGUUCGACAGACCUCAGAAUGGUGCCCGGACGUAGCACCGACGAGCAAUGAAGGCGCUUGUACCUUAGUGUUUCCAGCUAGCUUCAAGCCUUGGGCUGUAGAUUGUGCAAGGGUGCAGCCGUGUACAGUAGGCUUCCAAAAGGUGAGAUUUGUGCGUGGCCUGAUGUGUAUAUAUAUUUUUGCCCUGAAGCGUGUACCCUCUUCCAGCCUUCCUACCCCAAAAGCUUGGCCAUCUAGGUUCCCUGAAUGUUGCUUCAGUUAAAGGCUGUUCUUAGUAAUGGAAAGAGGAAAAGAAAUUUUGAGUAAUGUUGAUUGCUCCCUUUUCCCCUCCAUCGAAUUCUGUUACUGAUAUCAAGCUUUGUUUCUGGCUGCUAUCUGGUAAGGAACUUCUGUUCUGCCCA